AGGAAUUUUAUUUUCGUUAAUAAAAGAUUAAGGACUUCGUAAAAACGAGAUCCCCGAAUAGAACAACGCGGCUGCAGAUCGAAUAACACUUUUUAUUUGAUACUUCAUUAUAAAGAACACUUCAUUUGGAAGUAAUUUAAUUUACAACGAGAUGAAUGGAAACCAAACGAUUUCGGAAAAGGAGCUUUUGGACGCUAUAAAAAACCUUUUGCGAAAGAGCGGCCAUCUGAAUAAAUUUCAGGCAGAGAUGCGCGCAAAGGUGACAGAAAUUCUACAAGAAAGACAGGUAUCACAAAACUCCGGCUUUAAAAGUUCAGGAGUACCGAAGCCCACAAAUGAAGUGCUACUUAUAAACGAACUCGUCAAAGAGUAUUUGGAGUGGAACGGUUACCUUUAUACAGUGUCGGUGAUGACGUCAGAGGCGGCCAUGCCUGAUGCCAAGAAGACCAGGGCAGAACUCUGUGCUGAAGUCGGGGUUAAAGACGAUGAGAAAUCCUCAGCUCUUCCUCUGCUAUCAAAUAUCGUAGCUGCUUAUAUAGAACGUAUUAAAAGGAAGAUUAAUAAGAAUAAGAAAGAGAAUUUAUAA